AUGUAUGCUGAAAUAAGUAAGGCACCAACCGAUUCUUCUGAUGUACUGUCCAGUGACAGUAGUAAUAAUAACAGCAGUAGUACCAUAAGUCAGACAAGAGUUCCUGGUACAAUGAUGGAAGAGCCCGCACAGAAGAAGAAGAAGAAGGGAAGAAGGAAGAAUACUAGUAUUGCUUGUGUCAAUUGUUCUAAAUGGCACGUUUCGUGUGAUUCUAGUAGACCGUGCAAGAGAUGCGUAAGUAAAGGUUUAGAAGACAAAUGUAUUGAUGCACCAAGAAAAAAGAGCAAGUACCUAGCUGGUAUCCCAGAUGAUGCGCUUCCCUUGUCUGUCCGGAGUAGUGAAGAAUUGUCAAAGAAGAAUUCAGAGCGUUUUAUGGCUCCCUUGGAUGGAAGAAGUCAAAGUAGUCCCGAAAGUCAACAGUAUUCGAAACCAAACUACAUCGUUCAUAAAGCAAAGUUUGCGUCGAAUGCUGCAGACUCUGAAUACUCUAUUUUAUCAAAUAUCAUCCACAAAGAUAGAAUGUUCAACAGAAUUCCGAUCAACAGAUUAUUCUCUCAGAAAUAUACUCCAGGAAGUACCUCACCGAAUGAGCUUUCUUCUGGAAUGAAUACUACGUCGACAAUGUCUACUUCUACAAGUCCACCAAGACAGGAUUUGAAUAUGUUUGCCCAAACCAUGUAUAAUAAUAACAGCAAUAGGAAUAAUCAGCUCAACAACAGUAGGUCUAGUAUUACGGCUUCUUCAAGCAACGAAAAUCUUCCAGAGCAACAUUAUCCUUCUCUUUUGCAGAAUGUUUAUUCAAUCAUACUAGGGCCGCAAUCCCAGGAAAUCGUAAAUUCACAGAUUAAUCUAUUUACGCAUCAUUUUCCUUUGGUUCCUGUAGAAACACAAACGAACUCAUUGAAUUUUAAGAGAUUAAUGCCUUUGGAUCCUACAACAAGCAGUAUAUUACAAAAGGAUUCUGGCAUAAAUCAGUUUUAUUUGAACAAUGAGUCUACUACUUUUCCUGAAGUUGCCUCAAGUUACAAGACCACAAAGGAUAUGCCAGUAUCAUUUGCACUACAAUGUACUUCACCUGAAGUUUUCAAAAUAAGAAGUAACCCUGAUUGGCCCCAUUCCUUACGAUACGAAAGACCCAUGGAAAUUUACACUUUAAUUAAUGAACCUUUUGCACAUACGGAAGGUUUCCAUCAUCUCUUCCUUUAUUUGAACAGCAGAUUUGCGAAGAAAGACCUUGUUGAAAUGUGUAGACGUAUGGCUGAGUUUAGGCCCAUCUUCAUUGCAUGUUCUGUGACAUUGACUGAAGAAGAUAUGAUAUUCAUGGAGCAAUGUUAUCAAAGGACUCUUUUGGAGUAUGCAAAAUUCAUUGAGCAGAUAGGGACUCCAACGUGUAUUUGGAGGCGUAAUGGUCAGAUCUCGUACGUAAAUGAGGAAUUUGAAAUCCUUAGCGGCUGGAAACGAGAAGAAUUGUUGAAUAAAAUGACAUUUAUAGUGGAGAUCUUAGAUGACGAGAGCGUAAGAGACUAUUUUAAUACGUUUGCAAGUGUGGCAUACAAGGAUUUCAAAGGUUCAGAAAGGAUGAAAACAUGUAGAGUCCUUACUCCAAUUAAGGGACAAGUUAUUGAUUGCUGUUGUUUAUGGACACUGAAAAGGGACAUUUCUGGGUUUCCAUUGAUGAUAUUAGGAAACUUCAUGCCUAUAAUGACGUAG